UUAGAUUCCUCAUCUUCACUGGGCCAUUUGUUUGUUGGUGUGAUUGGCGCUUUGGACAAAUCACCUUUAACAAUUGGGACCAGAAACAAGGAGAUGCAUCCCCUGUUGAUCUCACUUGCCAAUAUUCAUGCAGGUGUUCACAUGAAGGUGACAUUACAUGUGUUUGCUUUGAUCACUUACCUUCCAAUACCCAAGUUUCUUGGAGUCUCAAAGCCCACUCAUGCAAUUUUAUCUGUGUAA